AUGCUUGUUCUGGCACUGAUUUGGAGCGUAGCUUUGAGCUAUGAGGUUCAGUGCAUUGAGGAAGAGGACGGCCAGUGCGUCAGAUGUCCGCGCGGAUACAUUGUUAACCAGAGGCUCAACGCCUGUGUUUGGAAUCGCGCUUCUGAACCGCCCAUUAUAUGCCCCGAGGGCUACUUCCUCGAUAAGGGGCUCUGUACCCUAUGCCAUUCAUCGUGCGAGACAUGCACCGGAUCAGCAGAGCCAAAUGGUUGCACCGUAUGUGCUCAGGGCUACUACCCGGCGUUUACGGAGGCAUCAGGCUUGUGCAUUCCUUGCUCAACAAGUCACGGAGUGGUUGCUGGAAUACCUGGAUGUGUCCAUUGCGCACGCGACGGAGAUAGCCUGUAUUGUUUUGAAAGGCGGCAACUAAAAAGCAACCUCGCCACCAUUCGUAAGACUUUAGUGAUAUCACUUGUUGUACUUGUGCUAGCCCUCUUCUCAAGCCUCAUAUUAAUCUUUGCCGGAGGCUCAAAGAUCAAGCACCGGCAGCGUAGACUGCCAGUACGAUACGUAGCACGACAUAAGAUGGUAUAA